AUGGCGGCGUGGUUGUGCUGGACCACUCUGGCGUUGCUGUUGCUGCUGGGAUGGAGGUUUGUGCGUCUAGUGCGGGGACCGCCUGCCUCACACCAACGCGGUGCAGACGUCCCGCUCAACGUUUGCGUGGUGCUGGGCUCCGGUGGGCACACCAGCGAGAUGAUGCGGGCCAUUCGGGCGCUGCCGCUAGAUCUGUGGCGCGCGAAUCGCCCCUUCUACGUCGUCUCAGCCACCGACACGCAUUCUGCGGCCCUCGUAACGGAGUAUGAGAACAACAAAUUAAGACGCUUCUGCCGCCUUCACACCAUCCCGCGCGCACGCGAGGUGGGCCAGAGCUACUUCCUAUCCAUCUUCACGACGCUGCGGGCGCUGUGGUACUCUGUCCUCCUUGUUGUGUCGGAGAAGCCAGAAGUGAUCCUGGUGAACGGCCCUGGCGUGUGCGUGCCGGUUGUGGCGGCGGCACUCCUAUUGGCGGUGGUGUCCCCCUCGUGGUACUACCGCCGCCCAGGUGUCGCCUUCAUGGAGUCGUACACGUGCGUGAAUCAUUUGUCACUGUCUGCGAGGCUGUUGGCGCCAUUCUGCGACGUUUGCGCAGUGCACUGGCGACCGCUCUACGAGGUCUGCCGUCGACAGCGGUGGACCCGUGACGGCUGCCUGUUCUACGUUGGUAUCACCUCGAAUGCAGCGGACACGGCGCAACGACAACGACAACAACAACAACAACAACAACAACAACAGCAUACAGCAGCGUGCAGAGGUGAUCUUGUAGCGCUGGUUACUGUGGGUUCCACCCAGUACAAUGCCCUCAUUGAGGCGGUGGACAGCGAGGAGGUGUGCAAGAUGCUACAGAGACGCGGAGUAACUCGUUUGCUGGUUCAAACGGGUGCGUCCUCGCACAAGAUGCAGGUGCGAAGUGCCCACGGGGUGACGCUUGAGGUGUUUGCAUAUCGCCCAAAGCUCGAAGAGGUGAUAAAAGAGGCGGCUUUGGUUAUUUCCCACGCCGGCGCAGGGACGAUCCUUGAGGUGCUAGAGCACCAAAAGCCACUGAUUGUGGUACCAAAUAGGGCCCUCAUGUCAGACCAUCAACUCGAGCUGGCAGAGGCACUGGACGCAGACCGCUAUCUGUUUUGCGUGCAGGUGCAGGACCUUCGCACAGCGCUCCAGACGCUCGACUUUGACGUACUGCGUGCGUUCCCAGGAACAAACACAGCCGCUCUGCGCGAGGCACUUGUGCCGCUGUUAGGUGCUUGGGGCUUACGACAGAGUGAUCAGGGACCUCGGUAA